AAAGGAGUGCCUACCAGGAUGCGAAUACCACUUGGCCCUGGGCUCGCUCCGCUUUAGCCUUCCCCUCUCGCUGGGGAGAAACAGGCGGUUUGUGAGGGAGACUGAGAGAGGGGCGUGUUUGUGGUGGUGGCGGCCCAUCGGGGGUCCUUGUCCCCUCCGAAUACCCGGACUGCUGAGGGGAGGGGCCGGGGGGGCCCCAGCGGUUGCCAUGGUGACGCAGGGUCGGCGGCUCCGCGCCGUAGAGACAAAGCCGCCCGCCCGCCAGCCCGCUAGCUCCUCGCGCGAGCUCCUCCUCCACGGGAACCUCCCUCCCCUCCCAGGCGCCGCCGCAGCCGGAGCGGCUCCAGGGCCCUGGGCCGCCGCCGGCCAGGACCAAGAGAACAGCUUUAUUCAGAUCUUUGUUAGCAAAACCAGUAUUCAAGUUCAAGGACUUGGUCCAUGCUUUCAGCCAGAUGAAAACCACACUCAGACAAAGAAUGCCUUCCUGCUGCAGUGAAGAUGCUUUUGGGAUUAUGUUACUUUGGAAACAGUGGCAGUUGAGGACUGCCUGGUGGAGCAAAUUCAGAGUGGCAGAUAAAUCGUGUGUUUAUUGGGCAAAUUUAUGACUCAAAGAAUGGAUCUACAUGGAAGAUGCAAGGGGACAAGACUGGUACCACGGAGACUUGUUAGGAGCCAAUUUCAAUAGUCCAGUUUUCCUCUGCCUUUAUGGUAUCCCAUUCAUUCUGAUUACACCAGCGGAUCUGUUACCAGAAAGGGGUCCCAAACCAGACCUCAAGAGAGGGUUCUUGGAUCUUGUGCAAGAAGGAAUUCAAGACCCUUCAUGUGGCCUUUAUAAAUAUGUGUUUGAGACAGAGUUAUAUGCAGAAGUUGAAAAUGCCUGGAAGAUUUCUGGUUUCUUUCACUACUUGUCCUGCCUUUUUGCGUCGCUGCCAGAUUUGGAUGAUAUGAUAUUCAGAGGGGCACCUUAAUCAAAGCCAUUCUUCAAGAAGACCCACCUGGCAUAAGAUUGCACACAUAAUUCAAGAUGGCCAGUCAACCUCCCGAAGACACUGUGGAGUCUCAGGCCUCUGAUGAGCUGGAGUGCAAAAUCUGUUACAAUCGAUACAAUCUGAAACAGAGGAAACCCAAAGUUCUGGAGUGUUGUCAUAGGGUUUGUGCCAAAUGCCUCUACAAGAUCAUAGACUUUGGGGAUUCCCCACAAGGUGUCAUUGUCUGUCCUUUCUGCAGGUUUGAGACGUGCCUGCCAGAUGAUGAAGUUAGUAGCCUGCCCGAUGACAACAACAUCCUUGUAAACUUGACUUGUGGAGGCAAAGGGAAGAAGUGCCUGCCAGAGAACCCCACUGAGCUGCUGCUCACCCCCAAGAGGCUGGCCUCUCUGGUCAGUCCUUCUCACACGUCCUCCAACUGCCUGGUCAUAACCAUCAUGGAGGUGCAGAGAGAGAGCUCCCCGUCCCUGAGCUCCACUCCUGUGGUAGAAUUUUAUAGGCCUGCGAGUUUUGACUCUGUCACCACUGUGUCACACAACUGGACUGUGUGGAACUGCACGUCCCUGCUGUUUCAGACGUCCAUCCGGGUGUUAGUGUGGUUGCUAGGUUUGCUCUACUUCAGCUCCUUACCCUUAGGAAUCUACUUACUGGUGUCUAAGAAAGUCACCCUUGGGGUCGUCUUUGUCAGCCUGGUCCCUUCGAGCCUUGUUAUUCUUAUGGUGUAUGGUUUUUGCCAGUGUGUUUGUCAUGAAUUUCUAGACUGUAUGGCACCUCCUUCUUAACUGAUAUGCAAAAUAAGAAAUUGGACACACAUUGCCCUGUUUGAGUGUGAAGUUAGAUAAUUUAUAAUUUAUUUUCUUUUAUGUUCUUUGUGAUUAGUGUCCAUGACAUUAACAAAGCCCUUGGCCAUAUGUUGACUUGAUUGGUUUUCCUGUAGGCUGGAAGUAAAAAUGUUCAUUUCUAUUUAGGGGUUAGCAAAAUUGUAUAAGCUCACUCUUCACGGAGCACUGACAGCAGUGAGUCUUCCCAGAGAAAGGGCAGGGUUUCUGUUAGCACUGCCAGACAGACGGCAGGGGUGCAGCGUGUUAUGCUGUAGGGAGAGCAUGGAUCCCUCCUUUUGUAUUCAUGGAUGUUCUAGGAUGGCAGUUGGACACAAGAGGAAAGUUGCUCUGAGACACAUUCAUUUACAAAGUGUGUACUCCUUUCCCUCCCCAUAUUCCUGGUAUUGGAACACCCUGGAAUUGUCUUCAGGUGUUUUCUCUCUUAAGUCACUCUCUGUGGUCAGUGAUCCCACUGAGAUACUUGUUCCCUCUGCGCAUUCUCCCUUGCCAAGAGGAAACUCGGUUCCAUUCCCUUGGGUAGUUUCAACUGAAUACCUGUUUUGCCACAUUCCUAAAGAGAAUGAAAAGCACUGAGGAAUUUGCAUCACAGUCAACUUCAUGGCAGAAUAUGGCCAUUUGUCCUCGAGACACACUCUUUCCUCCAUGUCUAUGUUCCUCUCACCUCAGUCUUAUCUGAGAAGAAUGGAGGAGAAUGAACUUAUACAGCGGUUAUUAUUCAUGAAAACCUUCAUUUGAGUCUUUCCUUAUAACAUCUUAGUUUUGUUUUUUUUAAACUGCAUUGCCCAAUCAGCCUCACCCCUUGUCCUGAAAAGGUUCCAUUUAAAUUAGUUGCUAUAAAUUCAUAAAGACUUUUUUUCCCCAUUAUAUUUUUGGUUCUAUUAGGAUUUACUUAACUGAAUCUUAUAACAAUUCGAGGUGAACUGUGGCAAUGAAAACCAGAAACAGUUAAUGAGAUGCUUCAGCUCACAAUCUGAAGUGCUGAGAACCUAAGUAUUUUGCUGUACGGUACUGAGCUGUACCAAAAUAUGAUGGUUUAGGUUUAUGUUCAAGACUUUGUGUUGAGUCUAGACAAAGGGGUGGGCAAGAGACGUGCAAAGCUAAUGCCCUGCUUGAAAAGACCCUUCAAGGAAGUAAAAUGGCAGGGGCAGAGUGCAGCUCAUCAUGUUGCUAUCCCUGUUGUCUUUGAGUUGGUUUUGGAAUGGAUUCAAGUUCUUACACAAUUUAUUUUGAAUACAAGCAUAACCUAGGUGAUUUGAGUUAAUGAACUUCUUUUCAUGAUGUAGGGAAACUUGAAUGUAUAUAUUUCUGAGAAGGAUUUGUUUAGAUUACAAGUUGGCAGAAUAGAAUGUUCACAGAAACUAGGCAAAAAUUUAAAAAAGCAUCCUAGUCUCUAAAACACAUUACUAAUGAUUAACAUUAAAAUAUUUGUAACUCUUAGAAAGGGGGCAUUACUAAGACGACUUUAACUUGUUAUGAAAACUUUGUUGUGUGAUGCAGGUACAGUGCACCCAUUCCAACUGGAAUAGCAGUUUGAUUUUAAUUGUAAAACUAAACUUUGGGAAUAUGUAUGCCCAAAGUAAGUAGGAUGAGAGUAGUAUACAUGAGAUAUGGUCCAAUGAAUUUAAGCCCCAAGAUACAGCUAAAUACAUUUAUGAUUUUAUAAAAUCUAGUUUAGAUAGCAUUGUGAUGCAAUUUCCAGAAAUCCAUUUGUGUUUAGAGUAAAUACCAUGUUUAGAAGGUGUUUUGUGGUUUGGAUUUAUAUAUUUAUAAGGUUUUUUUUAAAAAAAGUUCAUUUUGUUUGAAAUGUAACAUUGAGUAAAUUGGUAAGUUAUAUAAUGAGAUUUCUAGAAAGCUCUGGACAUGGGUACGAUGUGUUUUGCUUAUCUGUAUAAUAUCUACAGUGAUAAACUUGUGUCUCCGUGUGUUGUGGCAGUCUUUUUUCUAGUUAAUUUGGCUUUAAAGAGCAAUCUUUGUAUGACACCAGAAAACUCUUCAUGCUAUUGAAUGAAAAAAAGAUAAUGCUUUAAUAUUUUAUUCACUGUGAUACUGUUUUGUCUAUUAAAUUGUUAUUAUUUCCAAA